AUGAAAGCGGAAGAAAACAUAAAAUUGUUUAACAUACUUAAAGUAAAAAUUAAUGACGAUUACGGAGUUUUUCGUCUCAAGUUCUGCAUCAUUGUUGCAGUAAAUGCCAGCUUAUUGAGGCAGCAAUUUGGUAAAUUUUUGACGACCGAAUUAUGUAAGUAUAAAGAUAGCAUGAUGGAAUUUGAACAUCAACAAGAGUACAAUUGA